CUGUGAAGCUAGCCAGUGCGCGAUCCUCAUUCGUUGCAAGCGGCCGUAUACACCCGCGCGAGUCGCGUCGCGUUGCCCUUGUGUCGUUCGCUGGCCCGAGGACCUUGUGUCGUGCUUUGUGAAACAGUGAGUGAGUGUGUGUGAGCGUGCGUGCGUACGCCAGGUCAAGAGACGCGACCCUGCGUGCCGUCAAGAUGCGAAGACGACGCAGAGGCGCGGCCGGGCGUCGGGCAACCGCAGGCAGAGGCGGCGGCGGCGGCGGCGCGGCCGCCAUGAAGGCCGAGGAGGCGGCGGCGGCGGCGGCGGGGCUGGCGCUGGGCGAGGGCGAGUGCGAGGGCGAUGACGGGGUGGGCGUGCUGGCGCCCUGCCCGCCCGUCAAGAUGCGCCCCACCAUGAUCUCCGCCAAGUACAGGCUCAAGGAGGAGAGGCGAAAGGUGCUGAAGAUGUCGAUCGCGAAGCUGCGCAAGAUCGAGGACCCCGAGAGCUGCCUGCGGCGGUCGGUGCUGGUGAACAACACGAUGAAGCGCCUGCAGCGCGAGGCGCGCGAGGAGAAGUUGAGCAAGCAGCAGCAACAGCAGCAGCAGCUGCUGCUACCGCCGCACCGCCAGGCGCCCGCCCCCGGCCCCGCGCCCGCCGCGGGCAAGGAGAACGCCCGCCCCUCCCGCAAGAGGCCGCUCGACGACGUCGACGACUGCGACGUGCAGGACGUGCUGAGCCAGUUCUACAUGCCGCCCACGCCGCGGAUGCUCACCUCAAUCGACGACGACCCCGAGGAGCUGUCGUCGCCGCCGCCCCCGACGCCGUCAGCGGUGGCGGAGGCGGAGGGCGAUGUGGACGCGCCCACCCCGGCGAAGAGGCCCCGACCCUCCCCGGCGCCCGCGCCCGCGCCGCGUCACGCCGCCGACGACGAUGACGACGACCCGCUCGCCAUGCUCUCCAGCGAGGACCUCGCCGACCCGCAGGAUGUGGACAUGACGCUAGCGCUCCACGCGGCCGGCCUGUCAACCCGCGUGGGCGGAGACGCUGCCGACCCGGCGCCCGCCCCUGCGACGGAACGGCCCUUCUGGGCACCCUCCCCGGCGUCCGUCCCCACGUCCGGCGCCAGCGGCAGCGACCCUAUCGGCGCGGACCCACACUUUUCGUGCGGCCACUCGUCCAUCUUCGGCGAGAUCCAGUCGGUGGUGUACCACAGCUUGAUCGCGUCAUUGGAAUCGUAGCCGCUGAUUGGCCGGCAGCGGUCCGCCAUUGUUUGGCGGAACAUACGAAGACGGGAGGGCGGCUCGCGGGACCGUUUGCAAAAGCGGAAAGAUGAAGACUCAUCUUUCCAGAGACAUUAUGUUGUACAAACGUAACGGUGUGAAUGGUUCACGAAGCACAAACCACUUUUUCUUCUUUAUAACGAAUUGAUUCUAGUGAAAGCUUUGCAUUUAGUCUGAAAUGCAAGAGAUAAAAACGCUUUUGGAGGCUGCUAUCAAAAGUGAUCAGUUACCAGUUUGCGCCUCGUGAAGUGUGUUGUUGAUAUUUAAUUUCAUUGAAUUUUUGAAGGCUCCACUUGAAACCUUUGGAACUGGGUCUUAACAAUCCCACAAAACAAUGAAAGGGAGUGGUGGAAAUAUUAAAUUUCCCCCCUUUUUUAGAAUUAUUCUAUCGAGAAAAAAUGUGCAUUGCAGUGAUCUGCAAAGAAGAAUGACUCUUUCACUUUUAACAAACUUUCAAAGAAAUACAAAGUGAUAUUGCUAAUUGUAUUAAUUCUUCUAUAGUCAGAGUGCAGCAUUUUUCUUAAAAUCAAGAUUGAAGACAGAAUAACAGUAAAGAACUGUUGUGUUAACUUUUCCAGAGUUCUUGAAAUGUGAAAUGAGUGUCAUAUUCAUCAGUGGUUGUUUUGUAGUGCGAAUGAAUGGUGCAAAUUUAAAAUAGAUUUUAACUGUGUUUUUAAUUGUUUCCAUUCUUGUUCUGACUGACUUUGUGUUAUUGGAUCCAGGUGCACAUUAAUUUAAGAGAAAUCUUUCACAAAUUAAGUUGUUUCUGAAAAGGUUCUCGAAACUUGUUGCAUUGUUGGAAAUUCUAAUAGAACCUUCAAAAUAUAUUUGGUAUUGAUGUCAUCACAGCUAUAUAAUCUAUUACUUUUCUCUUAUUUUAAUACACUGUUUGUCUUAAUAUGAAAAAUGUUAUUGAAACCUAAUGACAAAGUAUGUUUUUGUUUGAUUGAGCACCAGUUAUACAGACCUGAUAUAUGAACAAAUACAACUCAAUAUUUAUUUUCUUCAAUUAAUAUAAUUUUUCUUCUAAAAAUUUGAGUGAGGAAAUGGAGAUUUAAUUAACACACUGUUGGAAGGUGUACUCUAGUCUUUGUGUUUCCAUUCCCUGCUAUAAAGCCUUAUUUUAAUUUAGGGUUGCAUUCUAUAAUUAUUAAACACUUUAAGCUUCAGCUCAUUUAUUGAAACAACUUAUGCAGUUUGUAGAAAAGAUCAGACUAGCCAGAAGCAUUGUUUAAAUGGCUGUGAAGAAAUAAUAAUUAAAAAAAAAACUAUACUUUGCCAAGUGGCCAAAUGAUCUGAACAUCAAACUGCUUUGAUUCAGUGUAGUGAUACUUUCUGCACUUGGUGAAGCACUUUCCUCUUGUUUGUGAUGUGCAUCUGGAUAUCUGGUAUGUUUCUAGCAUUUUGCUAUCUUGAGUUAACAAUGUAUGACAAUUCGGGAUGUCCAGUCUAUUAUUUAUUUAUGUAAUCAUAAACAUAUUGUUGACUAAGAACCUGCAGAGGGAAAUUACCUGUCAAACAAACAUGAACACUUUUAUCCUCCCAUAGCUGUCUCUUAUUUUUUCCAACUAGCUAUAUUUACUCCAAAUUCAGCUUUUAAUUUGAUCUAAGCUUUGAAUUUUUUUACAUGUUGGUUUUCGUUAACAGUUUUUUGUUCUGAAAAUUUUUAAGAUUUUAAAUGAAUGACUUAACCUUACUUGGAAAGUGAGUGUGAUUUAGAAGUUCAUUGAAGUGUCUUAAAUAAAAAAUUUAUUCAUUCAUUCUUCACAUGCUGUUAAAUCUACAAGAAUGAUUGUUGAUUUUUUUCAUAUAUAAAAUAUAUGAAAUCAGAAAUAAAAAUUAAGUUAGUGAGCAAAAGCAGAAUUUCCAUUAAAAGAACAAUGUUUCAAGUCAUUCGGCAUUUCUCAGAUUGUUGCUUUACUUUAAAAAAUAUUUGUGUUAUUCAUACAUUGCCCUUGGGUGAGGGAAAAUUUUCUUUUUCAACAAUACCAACCUGUAAUGUUUUUACUGAGGCAGAUUUUGGAAGUAAAAUCAUUUUAUUUACAUGUCAUAAUACAAGCAAUCAAAAAAACUAAUAAUUUUCAAUAUUGUAAUAUUUUGUUCUCUGAAAGAAUAAUGGAAUGGGCAUUCCAAUCCUUAUCAAUGUAGUGUGCUUUUUACCAAAUAUCUGUGAUAUUGUUUUUGCUAGAAUUUGUCCUCCUUAAAAUUUGGUGCUUUUUCAAUGCAGAACAAAGUAUUCUUGUUUUUAUAUGAAAAGUUGAUACCUACUGAAACAAUUUUUACUGAGGUAUUUGUCUGUUGGUGAUCACAAAACAACUUGUGUUGUUUGAUGAGAGAUCUGGUAAAAUGAAGAAGGCUUUGUUCAGAUGCAUUGUGUUGAAUUGUAUUUCUUGUGAACCAUCUUUGAUAGAACUUAAUUAUUCACAGAAAAAUUCUGGAGUUGUCUAUUUGUCAAACUUUUCAAAGUUUUAGAAAUCAGUCAGAUGAUACCUUUACAUCUAUUUCUUUAAAUUAUUUUUGGCAAUAAAUGAGUCAAUUGGAAUAAGUCAAUAUGAAUUAAUAAAAAAAAAACAUGGUAAUGAUUGAAAGAAAAUGACCUUUAGUAACACAGUCAACAAAAGUUCCAGAUGUAUCUGUGAAUAUAGAAUAAUAUGCAGUUCAAGAGUCAAAUUUAAUGUACUCCUGCAAUAGAUAAAUGGGGGGUUUUCAAUUAUCAGUGGAUAUCUUAAGAAUGUGUGUGCCCUACAGAGUAUUUAGUGGUCUAACAUUUAGCAAGGCUGAACUGUCAAUUGUUUUUCAUCCGUCUGCCUUCCUUCCUUUCUUCUUUCUAUGAGUGGAUGUGAGCAUGUCCGUUCUGAAUUAAGUCUGUUAACUGUCCACAACGUAAAAUAAAAUUUUCUACAUUUCUCUUUCUCCCCCCUCCCUCUCUUAAAGUAGUCACAAAGCUUUAAAAAAAACAUGAGAGUUCAAAGUACUUAUAAAAAAGGUAGAGUAAGUAUGGAAUGAAAUGACCCAUUUGCAGGUUUGCAGACAGGUUUCUAUGUGUGUUGGACCUUCAAACUAUGCUCACUUUGGUAAUAUUUAAAGAUAUUUUGUUGCCUGAAAGAACAUUUUAGGUGUUAUUUUUCAAUUGGUGAAUGUACAAAAAUCGUGCUCUUUAUCUCCUCUCCCCUCCCCUCAUUUUAUUAUUAUUAUCUUCUUCCUCUUCCUUGUUUUCCUAAUAACUGUCCUUCAAUGGUUUUUUUGGAUUAGGAUUGUAUAUGAUGAGAAGUUGCAAAGAUUUCAAUCGUUUUCAUGACGAAACUGUUUGGCAUUCUGAGGAUGCACAAAUAUAUAGUGCCAAUUAUCUGGAUGUGUGCCAUAAAGAAUCGGAAGAGAAAUGGCUGUUAAAGAAGUGAGGCAUUGUCUGUGGCUUAGCAAGUGGGUCAUCUUUCCUCUGCAGGAUGGCAAACAGGGACUACAGUUGUUAAUCCGUGCAGCAAGAAGUUGCCAAUUUAUCCCCUCGUUGGGGAUCUCGCAUUGUCAAGUGCAUUUGAGGUCUUAGCUAUCUAAGCAGAAGGUGUUGAUUUAUUUGCUCUCUUUAAUAGGAAUGUACUAAUUGUCAAAAUUGAUUUGCUUCUUUAUUCUAUUGGAUAUUUUAUUUUUUAUUCCUUCAUUGGUGUGAAUUAUUGUUUUAAUCCAAACUCUUCCUUACCAAUCUUCACUUAAAUUCAUUUUCAAUAAAAUUGAAAUUUUUGUUCUCAAUGAAGCACUAGUCCACCUUUGUAAAUUUAAAUACUUGCAUUCAUUAAUUCAAAAAUGCAAGUUACAACUUCCCUUAGAGAUUUGUCUGAAUAAAGAUAUGUUCUUGAAAUUUCUGUUGUUAAGUUUGUGUUUGACGAUUGUAAUUAGUUUUCAAUGAUUUUAGUUUAUUCUGUUGUUUGUUUUUCCCUUCCUUUGAUUUUUUCUUACUAAUACACUUUUGUAAUAUGUAAUCCAUUUGUCUUGUUUUCUCAAGUCACUAAAUUUUCUUCACUUAAACCAUAAACUUUUGAUCAUCACCUUCUAUGUCUUCAAAGUGCCUUUUGUAAGCAAAAAUAAAAUAAGAAAUGGGAACAAAUUCUGCCAAAAAAAUCAUAUGUGGUUGUCUCUGCUGACAUCCAAAAGGCAAUGGUUCACAAUACAAGAAAAUACAAAGGGGAAAUCUGGCCAAAUUCACCCUUUCUGCCACCUGCAGUUUUUGUCAAAAUUGCUUUUGUAGAUCUGAUAUAAAUUGAUAAAGGAAAUAUCGUGAUUUUUAAUAAUGUUGUAGGUUUUGAGAAGUGUUUUAAAAAAUUUAAGAUCGUUGCAAGGUGCAUAUCUCUCUCUAUAUAUAUUUACUUGAAUAGACACACACUUAUGCCAUAUAUGUAUAUGAUGUAAGUACAUUCAUAGAUUAAUGUAUGCUCCAAGAUUUACAGUAGGAAUUUUUGUACAGUGUACAUGUGUUUGAAAAAAUACUUAAUAAGAAAAUUGAUAGAAUUGUGUAAUUUAAAAGAGAAAAUUGUGAAAAAUUAUAUUUGUAUGCCACGUAACUAAUGAGUGCAUGGAAUGUCGAAGUUCAAAAAGAAGUGUUUUAAUAUACCAAAAACUGCCAAGAAAUAUCAAUAAUAAUCGAAGACAAUUUACAGCAUUGUGCUCACUUAAAAUAAUUUGUUUAUUGACUUUGUUACCUACUCAAUAAUUUGAGUGUGGGAACUGAAAAAUGACUGUCCAAAUGUUUUUCUUAUUUCAUCUUCCCUUUGAACAGACUUUUAAUACUUUAUUUAAUUAAUUUAUCACUGACUGCACCAAUUGUGUUUUUGUAUGAAUGUGUCUUUUAUAAAGAUGUCCAGGAAGUGUUCAUUUAUGUUAUAUCGUACAUAGUCAUUACUUACAGCUAACAUGAAACUUCGAGUUUUAUUUAUUUAUUGUACAUUCUGAUAAAGUAUUAAAAUAUAGGGGGAUGUGACUGCUUGUUGCUUUUGUGAUAAGAAUUUUAUGAACGUUCCAUCUGCAAUAAAUUGUGUUUUUAACAUAAUAACACACUUAAAUGUGCACAAGAUUUAAUAACUUUUUGGGAUGAAAAUUAAUAAAUUUACAAUAGAAUUGAAUUUAAUACAAAAUUAAUGAUUUGAUUCUUAUUAACUCUGCUGAAUGAAUUUGAAUUGUUACUCUGUGCAAUUUGUAGGGAAGUAUUCAUAAGGUAAAUCAUCCCAGACUUAUUGAAUAGUUUGAAUUUAACUUAGUGAAAAUUUGUACACUUUCUUGCAAAAAUCAGUUGCAUAGGAGACUUCUAUCUAUUUUUUUUUCACUGAUUGUGUAUUGUAGAAAAAACUUAAUGUGUGCAUUAAGACAAUGCGUUAAUACAAUGAGAUUCUGCACUAAGCAACAAGGUUAUUCCCCAACCCUUCCGUUAACACACAUCUUUAAAGAGCUGUGUGUUUCACUCUGAGAAGCAAACUUUUUGGUGAGAGAGGAUGUCUUGUGAGACAUAAGUUGAUGCACUCUCUGUGGGUUUAGGUUGCAGAGAUUAGUACUUUUUCAUCCAACACUAUGCCACCUGUGCAUAAAAAGAAUCAUCUCUGCUCCUGACCUUACCUCAUGAAAUGUCACGACCAUUCUGGCUUGGUUAAACGGUAUAAGAUUUUGUGGUCUGUAGGAGGUAAGUGCUUGAUGCAGCAAAGUUACAAUUUGUGUACUUUUGCAGCUGAAAGCACUUUGCCUUCGCUUGUAAAUGAGUUGUUUUCAUUUUUAUAUGAAAGGUAUAUAUAUAUAAUAACUGUAUAACCAGAUAUUUUAUAAUGUCAUUGUUUGUAUAGUAAAGUCAAAUUGUACUUUUUUUCUGUAGUUAGUUAUUGGAAGAGCGUGUGAAACUCAUGGUUUUCACAUCUUCCAUUCUUUCUUUCAUGACUGAACUGUCCUGUUUUGUAUUUAACUUGGUUACAAUUGUUUUCAUUGGGUUGUGAAGAAGCAUAGAAAAUGCAAGAAAAAAAAAUGGAAAUGAAGUGCUUUGUAUUUAUAAUUUUAAGGUUCGUGUUUUUGCUUGUUGGGCUGUUUAUGUUUUUGCAGAUUAUUUUCACUAAUUUUUUGCAAAAUGUUUGUUACGGAAGUUGCCCAUUGAAUUUAAUGCUGAAUUUGUACAUGCAACUGAGAGUGAGAACACUCGUCUUAUGGUUUUUCUGUGACAAAUUUUCCUUUUCGUCACUUUGUGUUAUAUGGAAAUCAACAUAACAUUAAUUUGUUAAAUCAGUAGAUUGACUCUUGCUUUGCUACACUUUUUGAUUUUGUUCAGACUUUACUUUUCUUUAAUAAUUCUCUUGCUUUUCAAAAUUCAACUGAACAUUAUGAGAAUACAAUUUUAAAAAAUAUUUAUUAUGGCAUUACAUGAUUAAAUAGACUUUAUCGUUGAUUCUUUGAUAACAAAUUUUUAUUAUCAAUUGUACAAGUAAAACUAGAAAGGAGAAAAGUUGUUGGAUUAACAUUAAAUUGCUCUACAUCUUCAGCAGAACUGUGGGCAUGGAAAGAGUGAAUGAAUCAGCAGCAAACAGUAUUUUGUUUUGCUUAGUAAUAGUGGCAUCACGGAAAGCAUGACUGAUGCCCUAUCAUACAAGACUUAAAAUUACAGGAACAUGAAUUUCAAAUGAGAACCAAUUAAUUAUUCAAAGGGGAAAGCUGUGAAUCAUAGCACAAUGUUAGCAUUCUGCGAUGUUUAAAGAGUUUGCAAGAGUAUGUAUAAUCUGCUGUAUACUUGACAAUUACCUUCUUUCAUAGUUUUUGUGCAUUUUGUUCCUAACAAAGAGGAUGAUAAAAUAAUUUAAUAUUCAAUUUUCAUUCCUAUUUGUGGCAAAAGAGAUUAAUACACCAUGAUUUUUAAAUUGCAACAUUUUGUUCUGAAAGUGCUUGUUAGAGAAUGUUCAAAAAAAUAUCUGAUUUCACAGUAUUAAAGAGUUAGCUGAAUAGCAAUUCGUGUUGCUAGUUGGCUUGCUGAAUUGAGUAUUUGACAUUCUUAUUUCUUAGUAUAACUGUUGCAUUUAAAUGUUCUAUACAAACUCUUGUAGACCUCAAAAAAAAAGUGAGUACCCACCCAGUCAACUCUUUGAUUUUGUAUGAGUCAAUUUUAAAACAUGAUGAAAGACGCUGUUGCCAAUUCAUCUUGCAAAUUCUGGUAUUCAGAAAUGCUUUUGAGUUUUACUUCACACAUCUGCCACAAUACAACAUAUACCAUGAUUGUGCAAGAUGUAGUAUAGCAUCAGAUGUCUUUCUGCAGUAAAUGAAUUCCAUGUGUGCAUGCCCAAUGAUGAGAUGGAGGAAAGAUUGUAAAAAAUAUAAAUAUAUAAAUAUAUAUCUCUUUUUGAAGCAAUGUACCUAUAUAUUAUAUAUAAACUUGCUUGGCAUUUUUUUAUUUUAUCAUAUAAAUAAUAAUGAUAAUAAUAUAUACACACAUACUCAUAGAGAAGUGUUGCCACCUGUUGAAAAACCAAACCCUGUGGUUACCGAGCAAGGAGGGAAUAAUAAAGUACCUGAGAAAAGUGA